UGAGGGAGAAUCCAGACGAUAUAUCCCCUAUUUAGAAUGAACCUAAAGAUGAAUGCGUUCAGAAUGUUGAUUUAUUUGAACCUGUGCCAUAGGUUUGUGAGGGUAUAAUCAGGUGGACAAGUCUCCUUAUAUAGCAAGGAAUAUUUCGGCAUAAAGCUAACUUUGUCUGAAGUUGGUACUUGGUUCGUAGAAUCAGUGAGGAGUCUUUCAUUCCUUUUGCAUAUUUCUUAGCUACGGAAAAAAAGAAUGGCAGUGUGGGUAUCAACAUCUGGAAGUCAUAUUCCGGAAAAUGCCAUACGUGCCGGAUACGAGGAGAACGGAAAUCCUCUGUUUAUUGCCCGGGCUAAGAAAGAAGGCACAUGGACCUCCGGAAAAUGCAGUCCAAAUUACGAAGGAGCCUACAUCCCUUACGACGGCAAGGAAUUCAUCGUCAAAGAUUACGAUGUUCUUGUAUAUCCGAUCAACGCCGUAGGAUUCUUGGAUUGGAAACAUGCAUCCGGCGGAAACGUCCCCGACAACGCCUUCAAAACGGACAAAGAUCUGUACGUGGGACGGGCCAAUCACGCCGGAUGUCUGAUUCCGGGUAAAAUUAGCACUCGCUAUAAGGUUGCUUACAUGGGAUACGGGCUGAAAGAGCACACCACAAAAGAAUACGAAGUCCUCUGUCAAAUCAAGUAGCUUGGAGAGAUCAACAGGAAUUGUUUAUGGAAAAGAACUAUCUUAAUCACAUAAGUAAUGCUCUUCCAAAUAAAAAAGCAGACAUCAAUAUCAAUACAUUUGAUAUACAAAAUAAAAAUGGCUAAAGUUUCAGAUUCUUAUGCAUAUCAUUGUGCGAAGAAGAAACACUACGAUGUAAAUGAAAAAGGUUAAAAGUUUUCUUUAAGUGUUUGUAAAUUAUAUCAUUGAAAAUAUUGAAAAAGUUAAAAGUGAUUGUAUACGGCCUAUUAAAUCUAAAAAAACCGCAUUAUAUACACAGAGCUUUUUUUCUCGAACUUUGUAAACCUUAUAAAUAUUUGUUACUUUUGUAUUUCGCUUGUAACAAUCAAAUUUUGAUAAAACAUUUAAUGUCACAAGAUAUAUUGCUUUUAGAAAAGGUAUUUCUGUCCUGGGAGAAAAAUAAAUA